AUGGCGGAUAUAAACUACACAAAUUCAUUAACUUUACGUAAAAUAACAAAAUUGAGCCUACAAUGUAAGUAUUCACCAUUUCCAGCUUCUCGGUCACAAGAUGUACCUACGAAAUCAUUAUCACUGUCUAUCAAUGAGAAUAACAUUCCCCUUCUAUCCCUAACUGCCUACAAAAAUACCAUCUUACCACAAACCGAAUCACCUCAACACUCUCGUUUAAAACAUAUUCAUCUUAACUAUUAUCAAGCUCCUGGUCAGCCAACGCCUAAUAAUGACAUUUACAAUAACCAACCUUUUCAAACAUCCACUAAUGAUAUUUCCAAUGGUCAGUUUCUUCCAACACCCAUUAAUGAUAUCCACAAUAACCAACCUCUUUCAGCACCAAUUGACAACAUUCACAACAAGCGACAUCUUCCAAAAUUCACUGAUACCAUUCAGAAUAACCAACCUCUUCCAACACAUAUUAAUGACAUCCACAAUAACAAACCUCUCCCAAUAUCCGCUAAGGAUAUUUCCCAUGCUCAACCUCAACUUCGAAAUUCUUUUGCAAAGCCUCUAAUUGAUAAUGUCCCUAAUGCCCAUUUUUCAUUAUUUGAUAAAACUUCAUCUCAAGCUCGACCUUUUCCAGCACUUCCUAUUCAACCUAGAUCUCUAGGUGAUGAAAUCUCUCAUUUAGUUGAUAAAAUCUCAUCUCAUUUUUCAGCACCUAAGUCUCCAGACGAUAAUACCUCUAAUACCUUUAAUGCCCAACCUACAUUAGUUGGUAAAACCUCAAUUCAAAAUCCAACACCUGUUGUUCAACCCCAAUCUCCAGACGAUGUUCAACCUACAUUAGUUGAUAAAAUAACAUCCCAAAUUUCAACAUUCACUCAAUCACCAAACGAUGAUUCGAAUGAUCCGAAUGUCCAACCUACAUUCGCUGAUAAAACAACAUUUCAAAUUCCAGCAUCCACUAUUCAACCUCAACCUCAACCUCAACUACCAGACGUUGGUGCCCCUAACCCUACAUUAGUUGAUAAAACCCCAUCUCAAAUUCAACCUCUUCCAACGCCUGCUCAAAAAUUUGACCCAGAAAAAGAUCCACUACUUAAUCUAACACCUACCCAAUCUUCUACAAUUGAUCCAUCUGAUUUUUUUCGACCUCCUGAACCUACUCUUCAAUUUCAAACUACACCUCCACCUUUUGUUCAUCAACCUAUUGUUCAAAAUAAUACUCUGACUACUAAUCCCCAAUUUACAUCAAUUGAUAAAACCUCAAAUAAUCAACCUGAUUUCACCUCUUCUCCUAUCGACACAUCCGAUGAUCGACACGGAUAUAAAAUUCCAAGUACUUCUAUUGAUCCGGAACUUAAUCCUUAUUCCAAUACCAAACCACCACAAACAAUCAAAACUCCAACCUUCAACCCCAAUUAUCAACCUCACAUACCCUCCACGAUAUCACCUACAUCCAAUAACGUAGAUCCACCCCCUUUAUCAGCUAAUCCACCAGCAAUAAUUGGAAUAAUAAUUGCAUCCAUAAUAGCAGUAAUCGUUGUUGUUUUAAUAAUAAGAAAAACUACAUUUGAUUUAAUAGGUUUACAACAAGAAUCAUCAUCAUCAGGUUCGGGAAAUUCUAUUUUUUGUACUCUGAAAAGACGAAUUUUCAAUACUUUUGGUUGGGAUGAUAGUAUAAAUAGUUUGACAUUAAGUAAUAGGAGUUAUGUAGAUAGUGAUAAAGGAAAAGGUAAAACUGUUUAUACAGAAGAUGAAAUAGGAGAUAAUGGGAUUGGUGUUUCUAGCAUGAGUGAAACUGAAAUAUCUAUACCUGAUAUGCUUCCUUAUGUUUUAGAAGAUUGGGAAGAAUAUAUAUUGUAA